AUGGAGGGUUCUGCUAGGAAAGAGAGCCACAGUUGCGCUGGGUGCUUGAACGAGCUUGGUGACGAUGAAUACCUAUCAGCGCUUGGGCAGGACUGGCACAAAGACUGCUUUAGGUGUUCUGUCUGCGAUGCGCAGCUCACGACGUGGUACUUCGAGAAGGGAGGGCUGCUUUUCUGUCAAGCCGACUACUGGUCGCGCUUUGGAGAGAUUUGCCAACAAUGUACCCAGAUAAUAACGGGACCGGUGAUGGCGGCAGGCGAUCACCGGUUUCACCCGGAGUGCUUCGCCUGUGACGCCUGUUCCGCGCACAUCGACGACACAGAGCCAUAUGCGCUCCUUGAUCGUUCCAGACUAUACUGUGGGGCGUGUUAUGUGUCCGGCGGCGCGGGUGAACGGGGGUCGCACGCUAUCCGGGUCGUAAGAUUACCGGCUCAUUCCAUACGACUUGAUUCUUCACGUUGCGGAGCAUUGACUAUUGCACACGAGCGUUGUGCGGGAAAAAUAAGUGCGUUGGUACGUGCCUUACUUCGAGCUGCGUUGCAGGCCUGCGUCAACCUUACAUGUCAUAGGAUAGAUUCAAGCUGUGGUAUGCUGACGCUACACAUCGGCGAUAAAGUGCUAGAAGUUAAUGGAUCGCCGGUACGCAACCGUCCCAUGUCGGAGAUCGAACGUACUUUAGCUAGGCCAGAUGUUAUACAGCUCACAAUAGAGCACAAUCCAGACACAAUAAAUGCUAAACGCGGUAUUAGUCCAGAAGACAAAACUAAGCACGAAAAAUCGCCCGUUGAAAGGAAGAUAAAAGAAGAAAACAUUCCCAAAAGACAUUCCGAUGAAAGGAAGGAAAGACUGUUCAAGAGGAGAGGUGAUGAAGGCAGAGUUAGAGUGAUAAAGAGGAGACAGGCUGCCUCGCCACCCCUCGGUGAUAAGGAAAGAAGUAGCAGUAUGUCUAAGUUGCUUGAUGUGGUCGAUGGCGAACAACCGAGUGGCGUGUUGUGUGACCUGAGUCGAGCGCGAUCUUUUCGGGCGGAGCCACCGCACGGGCAAAAGGUUUUUCGGGCUUCGGACUUAUUACAGGGCGAGCUCCUAGGCACCGGUUUCUUCGGGCAAGUGUAUAAAGUAACUCAUCGGGCUACCAAUGAAGUAAUGGUACUGAAGCAACUUUACCGCGUGGAUGAAGAGGCUCAAAGAAACUUUCUGAAGGAAGUGGCAGUUCUUCGAUCGUUGAGGCAUAGAAAUGUACUGCGCUUUAUAGGAGUCCUGUAUAGGGAUAGAAGGUUACACUUGGUGACGGAGUACGUAGACGGAGGGACCUUGCACGAUUUAUUGCAGAACACAAGUCGCCCGUUAAGUUGGAGCGUACGCGCCCGUUUGGCUCGGGACGUAUCUGCGGGCGUAGGAUAUCUACAUCGUAUGAAUGUCAUACACAGAGAUCUCAACUCACACAAUUGCCUCGUCAGGACGGACCAGGAUAUGACAGUGAUAGUAGCGGACUUUGGGUUAGCUCGUAUCGUACAACGCACGGCUAGUAGCGCGCCGCCGCAUUCUUCGCUUCGACGGAAACGAUAUACGGUGGUAGGUAACCCUUACUGGAUGGCUCCAGAGAUGAUGAACGGCAACGUGUAUGAUGAGAAAGUGGAUGUCUUCUCUUUCGGGAUCAUACUUUGUGAGAUAAUUGGUCGCGUAUCUGCCGAUCCAGACUUUUUGCCGCGACGGACUGAUUUUGGACUGAACGAAUCACUAUUUUAUGAGAAGUUUUGCAGAAGCUGCCCGGAACCGUUAUACCGUUUGGCUUUUCUGGCUUGCCAUUUGGAUCCCGAUACGAGACCGCCAUUUGAAGUGAUGGAAAUAUGGCUGGAGUCCCUCGUGAUGCACUUAUCGAACACUGGGCCGUUGCCCCCCACUUUAUUGGCCGAUAUUCUCCAAUACACGCACCGUGCUACAACCCGGGACCAUGGAACGCCCGAAUGUCCGAACCACUCGGAUAAUGGGAUAUUCUGCGCCAAUAAGACCAGAUGCAGCUGCGAGAACUUGGAAGAGGCGUUGAAAGAGGGAGUGGUUAAGUCCCAAUCAAACGCAGCCAUAGAGUGCGUCCGUGGCGGACGUGCUUUAGGCAAGUGUGUGUCUGCGAGUCAUAUCGCACCGCGUGUCGUGACGUUAACGGCUUCGUCUCGUCUCGGCCUGUCUCGAUCUCAUCACGCACUCGCACCAGGGUACAUACUGCGUGCGGAAGGACACAGUAUUAAUAUUACUAAGGUCGACGAUAUAUCUGAAUGGCUCGACCCUCCCCCUCUCAAACGAACCAGCCCAGAUUCACAUCUCAACAAUUUACUCAACGAAAACAAAACCAGGAAAAUUGAGGAAAACCUCCCGGCAUUCUUACGAAAUCAGUCCGUUGAAGAACUCGAAACGGAAGACAAACACAACACCCCACCUCCAUUUUACAGACAUUACAGCAUCCCGGACAAUUGCGAGCUACAAAAUGACUCGGACAACUCCUCAGAUGACGAACUUGACAUACAGAUCGACUGUAAUCCCAAAAUAAUCACAGAUAUCGUCAAAAGUAACAUACUCUCCAAAAAAGCCAGUUACGACUUCACUUGCGCCGAGCCAGAGGAGAAGGAACCAAAAAUAGAUGUUAAAUGUGAGAAAAAUUCACUCGCAAAGAAGUUACUGAUGUCCCCAAAACUAAGCAGACUGUUCAAACCCAAUUCAGAGACAAGAGACGAUGAUAAGUCGAAAAGCAAGUUCUUCGUCCAAAAGCCAGCUUCACCGAGGUACAGAGUGAGGCCUAGCGGAGAUGACGCUAACAUUAACAGGGACGUCCUUAAGAGCGACUUGAAAUUGGCGAGUCUGGGCAAACCUAUGACGCCGAUAUUCCGAAGAAACAUCGGGGAAAAGCAGGAUUUCGAAGGGAGAUACAGUUACCGAGAUAAAAAGCAAGAGAAACUCGAUAGACGGAAACUGGAGCCCGUUAGGAAUUUAACGCCGCUGUUUGAGAAAAAAAACGAAAAGCCCAAAAGGAAGGAAGGAAUUUCACGCAGCAAUUAUGUGAGGCUGGCGAACUUGAAGAUCAGUAAGGAGUUGGAGCCUCAGAGUGACGUACGUAAGUCCCCGCCCGAGAGAGUUAUUUAA